AAUAAGACGAAGAGAAUCGGGCCUUAUACUCGGUAAGUGAAGUGAUUAGAAACGAUACUCGUAUAUAUUUUGGAUGACCGCGAGUGAUCCUCUGAAAUUGUAGGCAAUUUCUGUGACUUGCUUGGCAAACUGGGCAUUCAACUUCUUCAUUCGCAUUCCAUAGCUCAGGUUGCUUUGUAAGCGAGUUUUCUAUUUGAGAACCCUACUAUAUGAACACAAGUGGAUAAAAAUACUAGAUAUUGCGACAUCAUCAUGGUCCUGCUGCUGCUAUUUUAGACUAGAUAUGGUAUGUACUUUAUAAGUUAAUGAGAUGAUGCAGUUUCUUUGGAAGAGAGGUGUGGAUACUGCUUUUGUUUCAAGAUGUAGGGGCUUUAGUAGUGGAGUUACUGGAAAUGGUAGCUCAUCGUUUUCUGUCAUGAGUUUUGGGGAUGGCAGUCAGGGAGCUCUGGGCUUGCCGUCUUCCUUGAUGGGUGUCGGGGCUGAUGCUUAUGAACCAACUGUAGUACCUGCGCUCCCAACUGAUGUUGUGAGUGUGAGUGCUGGGCAUUAUCACUCUCUUGCUGUGACAGCUAAAGGGGAGUUGUGGGCUUGGGGUAGAAAUAAUGAGGGUCAGCUCGGUAGAGGCCUUCUUGAACCCAGGUAUUUAUGGAACGAACCAAAGCUGGUGAAAGAAUUAGACAAUGUGAAAGUUCAAUCUGCAUUUGCAUCUGGUGUAAUAUCUGCUGCCAUCGGUGAUGAUGGCUCUAUAUGGACAUGGGGAAGGUCCAAGCGUGGGCAGCUUGGACAUGGGAAAGGAAUAACAGAGUCUCUUGUGCCAUUUAAAGUCGAAGCACUCACUGGAGAACAUAUAACCAAGGUUUCACUUGGUUGGGGACAUGUGCUUGCUCAAACAGUUGAUGGAAAGUUGUUUGGCUGGGGUUAUUCAGCAGAUGGAAGACUAGGAAGAUUGGGAGAGACAGUCAAAGCUUCGCCCUUAGAUUCAAGUGCAGAAUUACCUGGAAGGCAUGAGAUGACCUCCUCUGAAGCCCUAGAUGUUGCUGAGAAACAUGUCUUGGAAAGCAUGGAGAAGGAAAAGGACAUGCCAAUUGUGUGGGAACCACAUUUAUUAGAAGAACUACAUUCCAUUCCAGUGACUGAUAUAUCUUGUGGCCUUGAUCACUCCUUACUCAUCUGCCGUGAUAACACCAUGCUAAGCGGGGGCAGUAACAUCUAUGGUCAGUUAGGCAGAGAAAAUCAAGGCCUUGGGUUUUUUCCAGUUGAUAUCAGCUUCCGCCCACUGUCAGUCGCAUGUGGGCUAGGACAUUCCCUUGCAAUCUGUGAAAUGCCUGCAUCAGAGGAUGACAAUGAUUUCAGGAAAGCUGUAUAUUCUUGGGGAUGGAAUGGGAGUUCUCAGCUUGGAAGGCCAGGCCAUGAAAGCAAACCAUUAGCAGUGGAAAGUUUGGCCGAGGAGAUUCCUGCAGCUGUUUCUUGUGGCCGUGUGCAUUCACUUGCUGUCACUGGCAAUGGGCAGUUGUGGGUUUGGGGUUGCGGUAAAAAUGGGAGGCUUGGCUUAGGCAGCUCAUUUGAUGAAUCAGAGCCAGCCUUAGUUGAUAUUGAGCAGUACAAAGUUGUUCAAGCUGUAGCUGGGUUUGAUCACACACUGCUCUUGGUUGCUGAAUCAUGAGCUAAUAUGCAGGCUUUGGCAUUUUGUUUUGAUUUCAGGAACUAUACAGAGGCUUGAAUCGAUUUGCUUCUUGGAGAAAUAUCUUGGUUAGCAAUAGCAAGAUCAACCUCCCCUUCUCCUGACAGUCUUCCUAAGCUGAGCCACACUUUCUCAACUGUUACUGUCGCCUUGUCCUGCUUAUACAGAGCCAAUAGAUACAUCAUCGUCUGCUCUAAGCAUCAAUCUUGAAGAUUUAAGCUUGAACACAUAUUUUCUUGAAGGAGAAUUUGCACUUAAAUGAUAUUGUGACUAGAAGGAUGAAAAUAGCCUAGAACAUUCUCCUACAAAGGUUUCUGAUGCAAGGUUAAAGUUGAUACUUGAUUUUUAAUUUUUUUUUUCAUUUAAAGUAUUCCUUUUCAUUGUCAAUGAGAACAAACACUUCUAUAAAAUUCCUUUUUGAUUUCCUGAAAUAAUGCUCAAACUAGAAUCAUUUUAGCAGGGCAUGAAAAACAAUUUGAAGUGAUGAUUUAUGCAGGUAGGGAUGGCAAAGGAGGUGGGUAUGAUAUCAUAUCUCCCAUACCCACCUUAAAUUUCUAUACCGCACCCAUGAUUGGUACAUAUCAAAUAUCCCCACCCGCCUAAAUGAGUAUAAACCUCAAUCCACACCCGCUCUAUUCUCCAUAUGGAUAGUAUUGCUUAUCGAUUACCUACCUAUACCCGGCUAUUAUUUGCCUAUUGGAGUCAUUAUUCCUUCAUUCCUUAUGUUGUUGUAUAAGUAAGAUUUAUGGAAAU